AUGGUUUCGGCUCCGGCGGCGACUCUGCGCAAGGCAUGCGCCCCUUGCCAUACGCGGAAAAUCAAGUGUGACGCUGCAAUCACAGGCCUGCCCUGUGGGCGAUGCAUUGCUAGAGGCUGCAGCAACAGUUGCAUGAGGCCUCUUCGGCAUCCCAGAGCGAGGAAAUCCGACCGAUUGAACCAAGAAAAACAGCAAGAAGAGAGCCAGUCCCCCCAAGCUAUUAACGUAAACACCACUAAUGAUUCAUCUGGUUGUACCCUCCAUGUUGGUGGGCUGUCUACUCCCGAGUAUCAGUUCCAAAGUCAUUCAAUCACACCACAAGCUGCUCAGGAUGCUGAGCCUAUUACCCACGAAGACCAGGCUCGAAUGCGCACCUGCCAUGAAAUAUCAGGCGGAGGGGAUCCUGUGUCGGCAUCUGCCAUGACCUCGCCUGGCCAAGGUAGAGAUACCGUUGAGUACCGCAACGGUCUGAACUUCAUAUCCGCUUUGGGAGAGCUGGUUGGGAACCAGAAGCCGCGACGUUUAACAAGAAUCAUGGCCCACGACUCAAUAUUGGAUUCUGAAGACCAGAGCCAGCAGCAGCGAUCGUCUGAACAGAGUCCAGCUGUAUCUAGACUUGGUGCUGCAGAGUUGGCGUUGCUUGAAUCGAAAGGCGCACUCUCGCUUCCUCCCAAGCUUUUGAAGCUGUAUUUUGAGAUUUGUUACGUGAGAACGCCGAUCUUCAAUCGCGUCGAGUUUUGCAGGGCGUACGAGUCGGAUCAAUCAUCACUAUUCCUCAUGAAUGCGGUAUUUGCUAACGCCGCCCAAUAUGCCCCGAUUGAUCUCAUAGAAAGGUGCGGCUUCAAUAGCAGGUCGUGUGCUCAGAGGGCCUUCAUCGCGCGAGCUAUUCUUCUUUAUGAUCUGGGUCAUGAGACUGUCCAGCUGCGUCUAUUACAAGGGUCUGUUGUGCUAGGUGCUACUGUCUUCUCAUAUACGCGCGAUAAAGACUUUCGAUUUUGGAUGCACAAUGCGUCUCGCCUGGCAGUCAAGAUGGGACUUCACCUAAGGGACAUAGAAGGGGAGGUUGACCCUGACACAUUCAAGCUAUGUCGAAGGAUAUGGUGGGCUAUAUACAGCCGUGAUAUCAUACUGCAUUUUACUGGACUGAGGAACAUGCGAAUGCUUGAUCGUACUGAUUAUGACAUGACCCUGCUCUCAGAGGAUGACUGGGAGAGUGACGAAAGCAUCCCCGAUCAAUUUUGGUCCAUAUUAUCUCCGAUUACUCGCCAGCAAAAGCUCUUUCAUAUAGAGUACGUAAAGCUUACGCUGGUCGGUAAGGUCUAUUCCUUUCUUCUUACACAAGGAAGCAGGGGAACUGAUGAAGACUCCUUAGGCGAGGAAUGUCUCUCGAUCGUAAAAAGCCACCAGGAUUUUACGGAUUGUCAAGAAGUCGAAAUCUCAACACGGUUCUCGUCGUGGAGAAAAGCAAUGCCUCACAUACUAAGUAUAGACGAGCAUCCAUCAACUCCUGGCCAAAAUAGGUUGCCUAUUACCCUGAUAGCGGCUAGCUACAGGUUUGAAUGCAUAUUGUAUCAUGUGCUACAGCGCAAGUGCCAUAAGAGCAAGGGUGAUGCAUAUACUUGGUGCAGAGAUCGGCUUCGAAGGUCAAUUUUCCAGCUGGAUACCUUGAUUGGUAGAGCCAUAACGGAUGGGCUCAGUGGGGUAUAUUCCCAAACCCUUGUCGGGUGUGUUAAUACCAGCUUAGCACUUCGCAUUGAAUCCAGCCUACAGCCGCAACAAAGCCAUCUUGACAAAAUGCUGGACUACAACUCGAUCAGGCAGAGCAUUUUGUUUUUGAGGGAGGUGAGCGACCUACCUAGUGUUCAAUGGCCUCUGGGUGUAUUUGAAUGGAUUCUUGGCCAAAAAGGCUUGUUCAGUGAGGUUGGGUUGACCGAAUCACGGAUCCAUGGACUCGAGAAUGUGACGGGUACGCACACUAUCACCGAGGAUGAGAUAAGAUCGACCCUGACAAACAACCAAUACUUCGGAGCUUUGGAAACUGCGGAUCAGCUCGACAAUUUCUUGUACAAUGAUGACUUUGCCGGUUACAUGGGACUUGGGGACAUAUAG